AUGUUCUCCAAAUCUGUGAAUGGAAAGGAGACCAUUGUUCUUGUGUAUGUUGAUGAUCUAUUGGUGACUGGAAAUGAUGAAGCAGAAGUGGGAUUGAUAAAGAAAGAACUGGACAAAGCUUUCACUGUGAAGGACCUUGGUGAUAUAAGGUAUUUCCUUGGAAUUGAAGUUGCUAGGAACUCAAAAGGAACUAUGCUGAACCAAAGAAAAUUUAUCCUAGACAUUAUGAGGUCCACUGGAACACAAGACUGCAAGCCUGCUAAAUUUCCAUUUCCUAAAGGAAUCAAAUUGUCUAUUGAACAAGGAGAGUUGUUGGAAGACCCUGAGAUAUACAGAAGAAUCAUUGGAAAACUUCUCUACUUGAAUUUAACCAGGCCUGACAUUUCAUACAGUGUACAACAGCUAAGCCAGUUCAUGAAUGAUCCAAGAAAGCCACACCUGCAAGCUGCUAUGCAUGUGUUAACAGCUUUCUGUGAUUCAGAUUGGGGUAGUUGUGCUUUUAGUGCCAAAUCCCUAACUGGAUAUUGCAUUUUCUUGGGAGAUUCCUUGAUCUCAUGGAAGACAAAGAAGCAGAAAACCACCUCCAAAUCAUCAACAGAAGCAGAAUACAGAUGCAUGUCUCACCCCACAAGUGAGAUUGUUUGGUUAAAUGGGAUUCUUGAAGAUCUUGGGUUCACUAUCCCUAAACCUAUUGAUCUUUUCUGUGAUAACAAGUCAGCCAUUCACUUGGCUCACAACCCAGUUUUUCAUGAAAGAACAAAGCACCUCAAUGUGGAUUGUCAUUAUGUAAGAGACCACUUACAAGAUGGCACCUUGAAUGUGCUUCAUAUUCGAUCUUUUCUUCAAUUGGCAGAUUUAAUGACAAAAUCUUUGAGUGAACAACAACACAAGCAGUUAUCAUCCAAGUUGGGAAUGGUGAGUCUCCCUACGAAACAGCUGAUUUAUGAGUUGUUGCAGAAAGACGCCAAGAACAGAAGGGGGGCAUAUGAAGGUGCAAAUGAAAUUAAGCGACAUCCAUUCUUCCGUGGAUGUCGCUUAAUUUCAUGCUUACUCUCUGGUUAA